UUUGAUUUGCUUGUGUAUGUUAUGCUUUCAACUGACCGAAAAUGAAAUGUCAUUUGAAGAUUUUUUGCCUUUGGAAUGGAUAACUUUCAAAGAAUCUCAAUAAAACUGUAGUUUACAUUGAUAUUUAUUCGAUGGUUUGAGGUAGUAGUGUAACAGUUGAGUAGCAGGAAUGUCUCUGAGGCAGGCUAUUAAAUCUAAAUUUCGAUCAGAAAAGCCUGAAAUUGAAAUAAUGGCAGCGCCUACUAUUCUUCAAACCUAUCCAUCAGAGGAGCGUCUACUUGAGGAAAUCCCUGAUGAAUGUCCUCAUCCAGACAAGGGAAGUAGUGAUUCAUGCAGUGCUUGUUAUGAGUCUCAACUAGCUCAACUUCAAGAACAGUUUGUUUCAAUAAUGCUUGAAAAUCAACAACUUGUUAACGAGAUCAAAGAGCUGAAAUCUCAAAGUUUAGUUGAGCAACUUACAAAGCAACUUGAAAAAGAGAGGGAACGUUAUCGAGUACUGUCUGAAAGACUUCAUGAGAAAGAAAGUACUUCACUUAGUAGUAAAUCUCCAAGAUUACGGAGAUUUGCUCGAAAAGAAAAACACAGUGCAGAUAAAUCUAAACCAUCUGAAGCUGCUGGAGAAUCUUCAGGAAUGGCUGUUAUCCCUGAAAAAGAAGAUCCUGGGGAUAUAUUAAAAGAAACGGAAGAAGAAGUUCAUACUGAAAUUACACCAAUACAACCAGAGCCUCAACCAUUUCCGCCUGCAGAGCAACUUGGUUGGUACAGCUACAUACGCAACUGGAUUAUUUCAUACUAUUAUAGGCUGGCCGAAGACUUUUCAGAAACUGCCAUAGAUGAUGAUGACAGUGGAGAUUUUGAUCCAGAAGGAGAUGCUCUAACAGUUAAAAAGCUCAAAGAUAAUUUAGUAAGAUUCAGCAAUGCUACAAAACCUGUUUCGAAUCUCUUCGAGAGUUUUGUAGCCUUGCUGAGAUGGAAUUCACCGGGCACCACUAUGUUAGCAUUUUGUGUAUAUAUGUAUACAGUAUAUCAUGGAUGGCUUUUCCCUCUGAUUCUUUUCUCCUUUCUAUGCCAAUUGACACUCAAUUAUGUAAGAGGCUGGUUCUCUGUUCCACAUGUAACAAGAAAGCAAGAGCAUGAAGAUGGUGAUAUGGGGGUAUCUGACAAAUUUCAACUAGUCCUUCAUGUUGCAAGAAAAGUUCAGAAUCAAUUAGGAUACAUGGCUGAUUGUUUGGAGAAGAUAAAGAAUUUAAUGAUGUGGCAGCAAGUAGAAGUAACUGCACAUCUGUAUUUUGUAUUGGCUGUUGGAUUCAUUUCAUCUUGCAUUUUCCCAGCUCAUCAAUUAUUCACUGUAUUUGGGUUUUAUGUUGGAAUAAAAUUAUUUAUUAUUGAUUACAUAUUCUUCCGAUUUCCAAAAGUUCAACAGAAACAUGAUACUACUGCUCGAUUAUGGAAAGCUCUGCCUACCGAUGCACAACUUGAGAGAAGACAUAAUCGAGCAGAGCUCGACAAGCUUGUGGUCAAUCAAAGCAAUAUUAUUAACACUUCAUUGUCAUCCGAAAACCAGAACUUUUGUGAGCUGUUCAACUUACCACCAACAGAAACACCUAUUCCUGCUUGGCAUGGUGGGAGAAGAUGCACUCUUAUCAAUAAAGACAAAUCUUUGACUGCUGCAUUUAAAAAUGGGCGUCUUUAUCUGACGAACAGUUUCCUUUGUUUUGAGCGGUCUAAAUCAGCAACACCAAAGAAUUUGGUUUUGGCCUUGAAAAAUAUAAGUAGAGUUGAAAAGGCUAAACCAUAUCCAUGGAUCCCUGGUGGUGGAAUGGCAAUUGAAGUGACAAUGAUAUCGCCUGAAAAGACUUACAUUUUUGGCGCCAUAUUGAAUCGAGAUGAAACUUUGGAAAGUAUCAUGGAUGCAGGGCAAAAAGCUGGAUUAUCCUGGGCUUCAACACCUUUGCAACCUGAUCAUGAAGAACCCCAGCAAUGUUCAAGCACAAAAAAGCCAGUUACGUGAUUGGCUUCAUGUCUAUAAUCUUGAUGUGUCCUCUGUCAAUAGCUUCUGUGUGUAACAUAUUCCUUAAAAUCUAUGAGCUUCAGAUGCACACAUAAUUUAAGUAUGCAUGGUUUUUUUUGUAAAGAAAAAAAAAUUAUGAUGGUUCAGAAAAUAAUUUGCUAAUUAUGUACUGUUUCUGAGAAAAAAGGGUUCUAUUCUGUAGUUUGGUUAAAACUACUGUUUUUAGUUCAAUAUUAGUUUUCCAUAAGAAUUUUCAAUAUAAAUUUGAGAAAAAUUUGCAGAUUUGUAUAAUUAACAAUCAGUAUAUAUUAUUUAAUUUGUCAUAAGAUUACUGUGUAAUGGGUUAUUGCAGUAAAUUAUAAAUUUUCCUAACAAUUCAAUAGGGAUGUUAAGCUAUGUAAAUUAAUAAACCUAUAUGUAGUUUUAAGCUGUUCUAAAGUUUUAGAUGUUAUAUUGCUCAGUUUGAAGCAUACUGUGACUGAGCUGCUUUGCAUAAUUAUAUGGGACAAUCUAUGAUAUCCAUUUUGUGACGAACAAAAUUUUAAGAUAUGAAGGGAAAAUUGAGGAAAGGUUUAAUAAAUGAACGACAUUUUAAUUGUCAGUUUUGUCUUAGCAAUAUUGAAUAAAUUUGUAAUGAGAACAGUUUCAAAAUAGAUUAAAUAAAAACAUGUUUUUUGACACGAUGUAAUUUUUUUUCCCCCGGUUAAUUCAUUUUAUUUUUAGAAGAAAAAAAUUACCGUCCAGAUUUUACUAACCCAUUUAUACUGACCAUUUCUACUUUGUAAAAUCUUUAUUUUUUUCUAAUAUAAUCCUAAAAUAUCAACAAUUUUAUGUAAUUAUUUUUUAAAGAGAAACUAGUUUUAAAUUUCAAAUUCGGAUUGGUAAAUUGUAUAUAAUGUGCAUGAUUUUGGUAAGAAUGAUUGAUAUUUUCUAAAUUUAAUUAGGAGCUGUAUAGGCUGCAAAUAUUGUCAUUCUUUUGUUUUCAAUCGCAAUUCAGUUUUAAAAUAAAAUACAGAGGAAAUUAAUUUUGUUUGAAAUACUAUUAUCUUUCUUAGCUUAGGGUGAUAUUUCAAAGCAUUGAAGACUCAAAGCAUAUCCAUGCAUCAUUCAUUCAUAUUCAUAGCUUAAACACAUCUGAAAAUUUGGUGUUUUAUUUCUUAGUUGUCUAUUGCUUUUUUUUGCAAUAUGAAUAGUUUUUUAUUUUAUUUUUUUUAACGAUUUUGUAAAUCUUACUUCGGGUGGCCAAAUGAACAUGCUCAUUUCUAAAAAAAAAUAAAAAAAUACGCCAAAUCAAAAUCAUUAAAAUGUUAUGUAUAUAUAUAUUAUCAUCUAAUGAAAUUUUAAAAAUGUUUUAUGAUAAUUCAUAGUUUUCAGAAGAUUUUUUACAAAGAUUCAAAUUGAUUUUUUUUUCCAUACCAUUCUUUAAAAUGACACAAUAAGGUUUUUAUUUUAAGUAAUUUAGACAUAGAGCAUUGUAAAAUUAUUUUAACUAGAAUAGAAUCAAUACUGUCUUGUUAAUUAACAUAUGUAUUGUUUGAGAAUUAAAACUAAACAUUCGCAAUCCAUGUAGUUAUAAAUAUUUAUCGUAUUAUUUGAAAUUAUCUGGUGUGUUCGUAUCCAUGUGCGUGUAUAUGUGAAAUCUGUUCUGUAUUUUUGCAUGUUUCUCUAGUCUUUGGAUAAUAUUGAAACAAAGUAGAAUUUUGUAGCAUUAUUAUCUGUCAUGUUUUUUAUAUUUGCUUCAGAUGCUGGACAUGACCAAAAGAUACAUAUGUAUGUGAUUUUAAGCUUUUAUAGAUUAUAUGUAUGUGUAGAGUUAUGAUGGAUCUUCAUCGAUGUUAUUUGUAGUUAAUUAUGUUACCUGGUUGUCGCUUUAUAUAAAAAUUAUAUAAAACAAUGUUUUAUUUUCAAAGGUGCAAUUUAUGUUUAUUUUUAUAUUUUAGUCAUUUCCUAUAUUUUAUAUCUAAUAUUAUAUA